GUUAGAAACACUGCAAAACGAUAAGAAAUGUAUUGAUGACCUACUAAAUGAAAUGAAAACUAAAAAUGCACAGUUAGAAAUUCAACUUUCUGAUGCUAAUGACGUGAAACAGGCCUUGGAARUAGAACUCCAGAAACUAAARGWAUCUACGCGUGAGAUUGAAAGCCUAGAAAAAGAGAAGAUUGAUGAAGUUGCUGCAAGGUGCAAGAAACUUGAGGAAGUCCUUUCAGUGGUUGUGGACGAGAAUUCUAAUYUAUUGAAGGAAGUGUCAGGUUUAAGAGAAGAAAAUCGUAAGUUAAAGAAACGCAAUAUAUCAGAGAUCGCUKAUGGCAGUACUCAGSACUCUCCURAGGCAUUUGAAACAGAGCAAAGCAUAGAGAAGGCAAGUCUUAAUGGAAUGAAGAAAAARGGAAAYAAAGGAAAUGAYGAGACYCCAAUCAUAAAUGUCUCGUCUCCAGGAUWCCACGAUCAAUCACACAGUKUAGAACAAGGGUUCUCCACCAGAAGUACCACGGAACAAAGCCUGUCAAAUAAAGAUCAYUUGCAAUUACCACUUGAAUCAAGUAUGAAGCGAUACCCUCACCAAACKUCACURAACACUGAAUCCAAGCCAYUAUCUGCAUCAAGUCCCGACGUAUCAUSCAAAGAAGGGCAAGARAGAAUACCAAAUUCCAACAGCAAAGAACACGUGGGUAUUCAAAGGCAUGUAAGCUCUACAAAUGGAGAGUUUAUCGYAGYAACACCUGAGAGUGAAUCRGGAUAUGGSGGAAGUAAAGGAGGGAACACUCUUUGUAGACAGUGCCUUAAAUCUACUUGCGAGUGUGASUCACCAGUACGWAAAGAGUCCACWACACGUAAUGAUAUGAAAGAUACCAAUGAUAUCCUUAGUACCGAGUCAGUGUACGGUAGCGUUAGUGUUGAUGUCUGUACGGACAGCUCGUUUGCUUCAGCAACUGACUUUGAAGACAUCAGUUUCUCAUCAGACUGGGUGUCAGCUGAAGACUUACGAGCAGGACGAGUAACGGCUAGAGGACAUCGUGGACUGAGUAAAAUACACAGAGAGCUUGCUGAAAUUAAAUGUACCAACACAAUACUGGAAAAUGAGAUGACUAUMUUGAAACACAGAAAUUCUGACUAUCAGUCGCAGCUYCAAAAACUUGCAGGAAAGAAUAAUACCUUAAAACAAAAACUAUGUGAGCGUUCAAUGAUAACAAAGAAGGCUGAAAGAGAAAUAGAAGCGCUAACAGACGAUAAAAUGAGAUUAGAAGUUCAAAUUACUGCGGCAAAGGAAGAAGUCAAUCAUCUUGAACGCGAGAAAUCUAAACUUGAUAGGAAUUUAUCGAGUGCAAAAGCUGAGAACAAGCGUUUGAAAAUCGAUUUGGGRAUGGUAAAAGCUGAAAGUUAUAAAAAUAUGAAACAAUUAGUGAAGUUAGAAGCAGAGAACAAAAAACUUUUAUCUGAGUUAGAAGAAACGCAAGAAGAGCUUAAAAACACYAARGAACUUUUAGUUCACUUUGAUAACGSCUCGUUAACUUCCCUAGAGGACAGACUGUCAUGCACAUCUCCAGUUUCUAACGAAGGAKUACAYUUCCCUAUGUCAGCUGAGUCGAGUAACCAAAGGGAAGGKAACGGUGUACCACAUGAUCGAUCAAGAUUAAAGUUAGAAUUACGGAAUAACAGUCAUGUACGUCGAGUGACGAGUGAACAGUCGUUYCCAAGGUAUCAUAGUGUGGCUAAAGAACUAGCUACAUCAUCGGAAUCAGAAACUAUAUCAUCUCCAGAGGGUUUCGAUGAGCAACAACGUCGAAAAGCCUACCCACAACGUCUCACCAARUCACAGUCUCUUACAACUGAAAGAGUUGAAGUGCGUACACAAUCCAAAACCGAUGAAUCUGAUACCACAGAGACAACAGAAAGCGGUCUGCACCAGCCACUGAGAGAGAUCAAAUCACCAUSYGAACAGACCCAACCUGAACAGGCACGACCRCUAACUGAACGAACACAAAGCCAGAUGUCAUAUGAUAGUGACAUGAGUUUUGGYGAGAAGGACAUCGAAAGUUGUAGUCAAAGUGAAGAAACUGAGGGAUCAUCCAUUGACCUGGAUGGRAAAGGAAGACARCAAGGGUCAAUCAAGAAAAUGUUCAAACGUUUCUCAAAAUCCAAGAAAAUAACAAAGUCAACUUCAAGUUAAUAAUAGCACAAAUAGCAUUUUUGGAAUUUAUAAUCCUAGUUUAUUCGUUUAGGAAAUAUUGUCCGAAUGACAGUUUUUUUUAAAUUGCUGAGAUUUUCAAAAGUCUAAAAGAAUUAGAGAGCGUGAUAAUAAACUUUUAUAAAGAAGUGUUAUUCUGUUUCUAUGAUAACAAAUUUGGAAAAAUGGAAUUAAUAUUGUUUCUGACAUGAACUUUGAACAGUCGUGAGAAAGAGUGCUGAAAUCUCAAACAGUGAAAAGUUACCUAACGAGUCAUUUUCAUUAUUUUUAUGUAAUUCUAAUUAAAAUACAUGUAUAUCCAGACUGAAUUUAUCAAGAUUAUAUUCAUAUAUAUUAUCAUAUAAUAGUAAUAAAAUAUUUUUA